AUGAAAUUGGACAUGAAAAACACAUUUGGAGACGGUUUGUAUAUAAGCAAUUUACAUCUCAUACCGGAUCCUCUAAAGAAAAAUUUGGCAGAUUCUAUUAUAACAGAAGAGGUAAAAACAAAAACAACUAUGGCGUCCGAAAUAAAAACAUUACCCAAUGUUAAAAAAAGAAACGAGGUCGAAGCAUCUGAGCAUAGGAUAGAUUAUUAUCCAUCUUUAGCAGGCAUAACAAGCUUUUUUUCAGGCGUUUUCAGUUUCAUGUCGGGAGCAAUGUUUCAUAAACGCGCGAACUCCCCUACAGAGUAUUACGAAUGCUUUGAGCAAAAUUUCGAUGAAAUGACGCCCUCACUCCAAGCUUGGCAGCAUGCCAAGUCUGAGGAUCAAAAUAAAAAUGGACGGGCUCACAAUGUUACUGCCAGUACAAAUGAUCCAACUAACACUCAUAGUUUAACAAUGGAUUUGAAUUGUAAGAUAAAUGCUGCUCGUUGUGAGGAUAAACUUAAUCAGGUACGUUUACUCCUUUCAAAUCAUCAGACUCCACAGUAUCAAUUGAGACUACGUCCGAGGCGUCCACGGAAGGUAUUUGUUGAACCUAAUUCCAUUGAGGAUUGUUUUGAAGAUGCUUUUUCUCCUGAAGAUAUUGAAACCUUUCCUAAUGAUACUAUUUUGGAAUAUUAUAGUCCAUUUAGUUAUCAAAAUCCAGAACUACUGGUAUCUGAUGCCCCACAAAUUAAAACUAAAUAUUUACCAGUGACAGAACAAAUGGAAACAUGUAACACACUGCCUGAUAUUGAUGAAGAUAAUAGUAUAGAUAUAUCCACUAAUAAUGGCAAAAAUGUCAAUAUUGUGUCUUCAUGUGAAGAUAAAAUAAAUGCAUUGAAGGCUCUUUUAGACAAGAGACAAAACCCUAAAUCUACAACUGACCACAACUCUGCUAUUUUAACAGAACCUACACAAAAAGAGCAGAAGAGCCAACCUAUUACAAUUCUAGAUAAUUAUACAGAUAGAAUUAUAUCUAGCGCCGAAAAUAAAAAACAAAAUAGUACUUUAGAGGGAGAUAAAACUUUUAAUCAAUUUUUUGUUGAAGAUAUUGUUAAAGAUAUCAAUAGUAGUGACUUAAAUAAUAGCUUUGAGUCACAAGAUGACCAGUGCUCUGAUUCUUCACCAGAAUACCUUGACCCUAGUAAUUACUUUGAUGAAGUAACUGGUAGAUUUUACUCAACUUCUGCAACAGACAGUGAAGAUUCUUUCCAAAUUGUUUUUACUGAUAGUCCUAGGUCAUUAAAAAAUGGAAAUCUAUCAGAUUGUGAUUCCGAAGACUCUUUUAUUGUUUUUGAGGAUUCACCUGACAGCUGUUACCUCUCAAAUGAUGUAUUUGGAGAUGAACUUAGUAGUCAAGAGGUUGCCAUCUACAGCUCAGAUUUUGACAACUCUGAUGAAUCUGACAACUCAGAUUCAGAGAGUGAUUCUGGCUGUGAUUAUCAUCCUACUUGUAAACUGUCACAUUCACUAACAAGAACUAUUGGUGACUUGACAGAUGAUUCACUGUAUGAAGUUGAUGAAAACAAAGGUGAUAAGGAUGAAGUUGAUUGUUCUCCGAAAUUUACAGUAGAGAAACCAGUUGAAAAUGUAACAAAGGUGAUUGAAAAAAAUGAGGUUGCAGAUGCAAUAAAAACAAAACCAAGGGGCCUUCUCAUUGAUGAGAAAAGAAAAUUGGAUAAGAAGAAACAACCAGCAAAAAAUCAACUAUCAACAUUUGAAAUAUAUGGAAUUAGACCCCAAUAUACCACCAUUUAG